AUGGACGACGAAGAUAUCUGGCAGGAGAACCCCCAAUUCGUACGCGACGCAGAAUGGGACAAACUGUCGUCCGGGUUUACGAAUGCUGGAUACCGCGAAGGGAUCACUGCAGGCAAAGAAUCUGCCCUCCAAGCAGGCUUCGACGAGGGCUUUGCUCAAGUCGGCGCACCCAUAGGACGGCAACUGGGCAUCCUACGAGGCAUCGCCUCCGCACUCCUAUCUUUUCUCCAGGCUUCUCCCGCCACGCCUGAAAAGGCAGUGAUUGUCGACGAAGUUCGCGCCAUCGUCUCCCAGCUAGGGAGCAUCCGCUUCCCUGACAUCGCACCCCCAGACCUGGAGGCGGUGCGUCAUGCGCGAGAGCAUCUGGGCGACCGCAGACUCGAAGAGGCCGAUGAAGCAGAGAUGCCUGUCCCGGAAGAGGUACAGGAGAAGCGCUCCAUCGAGAGCCUGGAGGACAUGCUCGCGCAGAUGGGUGGGGGCGCGGCAGAGACGGCGAAACGUCCUACCAUGGACGAUGUCAGCAAACUUCAAGCGCGCCUGCUUGCGAUUUGCACACAGUUGGGCUUGUCACUGCAGUGGAGCUGA